AGCGCGCGUCUGCCCUCCGAAACCGUUACGAAAACAAAAAAAGAACACUUUUAAAUUUAAAAAUCGAAUAAAGGAACACUUUUGAGUUUAAAAAUAGAACGCCGUGUGAGUGAGUGUGUUUAAAAUGAUUAUGGCACCAAAAGACGAGAAGACAGACACCCUCAGCUGCGGCCUCAAGCUGCGCCGCUGGUGCCGAAGCCGACGCUGCCAGCUGUGGCGGUUGCUCCUGCUGCCCUUCAUACCGAUCCUGGCGCUGAUCGUGCAGACCACCCUGUCUUUGAAGAACAGCCUGACUAAUGGGAGGGAGGUGGCUGAUGUUGAGGAACAGGUCAGUCGAGCGACGGAGCUCGGGAAACUGGUGACCAGACUGCAGCAAGAAAGGUCGGAAGUGGCCUUUUUCAUCUUCACCAACGGAAGCACUUUGAGGUCAAACCUCUCGCAGCGGUUCGCAGAAACGGACAGCGCGAUCCAGCAGAUGGGAGACCUGCCGCUCCUGUCCUUCAAGAACAGGACGAGGCCCGUGGACGAGACCGGCUUCCGACUGGAGCUCAGAGAACUUAGAGCCAGCCUCAACGCCGGUACCUCCAUGACAGAAGCUGUGGAGUGGUACACCAACGCGAAUGCUGCGCUCCUAAGCCAUCUCACUAAGGAGAUCAAGGAUACUGACAGCAGCACCAUUUGGAGAUACUUGGUCGGUUUCAAAAACCUCCUGCGUAGCAUCGAGUGUAAGGGCAUAGCAUCGGUACUUGGCAUCAACUACUUCGCAAGAGGAUAUCUUCGGCCAAGAGCACACGAGAGGUACAUAGCUCACAUGGUACUAGGCAGAGACCUGUUAGAUAACACCCUCAACUUAGUGCCAUCCUUGAUACCCUUGCACAUGGACAUCAAAGAAGAUAGCCCGGAAUAUCAAGUGCUUGAGAAAAAGAACCAACAGAUCGUGGACAACCGUCACCAAGCCGGGAGUGUUCCUGAUGCUAUCGAAUACUUCGACCAGACAGCUACUCUACUGGACAAACUAAGAGCAGUUCAGAAACAGUUGAGGCAGUAUAUCAAGAAAGGAGUGACAGACAGCUUGACAGAAGCCAGGCGGAGUGAGGCUGUGUGCGCAGGCAUACUGAUCCUAGUGUGCGUUGUGUCUCCCAUCAUCAUCGCCCUGGUCACCAAUGCCGUCAACACUAUACAGGUAUACGCCAGGAACCUCUCUGAGAAGGCCAGAGAGCUGGAACAUGAGAAGGAGCUCAGCGACUCACUACUCUACCAGAUGUUGCCGCCCAGUGUUGCGAAACAACUGAAGCAAACCCAACAGGUGCCAGCAGAAUUCUUUGCAUCUGUGACGGUGUACUUUAGCGACAUUGUUGGAUUUACAGCUAUUGCUGCUGUUUCCACCCCUUAUCAGGUGAUAAGUUUCCUGAAUUCAGUCUACAAGCUGUUCGACGAGAGAAUCGAGUGCUACGAUGUAUACAAGAUCGAAACGAUCGGAGACUCUUACAUGGUGGCAUCGGGGCUGCCGGUCAGAAAUGGCAACAAGCAUGCUACAGAGAUAGCCAGCAUGGCGCUGGAGUUGCUUGAAGCGACCUCCAUGUGCCGCCUGCCGCACCGACCCGAUCAGACGCUGUGCAUGAGGAGCGGCAUCCACAUGGGUCCGUGCGUGGCCGGCAUCGUCGGCUCCAAGAUGCCGCGGUACUGCCUCUUCGGAGACACCAUCAACACUGCCAGCAGAAUGGAGAGCACUGGAGAACCCAUGAAGAUCCAAAUUUCAGAAGAUGUGAAAAGAGCGCUCGAUAGAACUGGACUCUUCGUGACCAGCCCUAGAGGAGUGGUGGAUGUAAAGGGUAAAGGCGAGAUGACUACCCACUGGCUGGAAGGCAGAACAGGGCCGUCCCCUGUCCGACCCACAAGCUCGGCUCUCGACUAUACCCCCAGUUUCCUCGCCCGGAUCCAUUCCCAGCGGGGUCGGACUUCGCCCCGAUACCAAUCAGAGAAAGGACAACAUUAAAUGAAUAUAUUAAGCGAAAUCUAUACUAAUAUUAUAAAUGCGAAAGUAACUCUGUCUA